AUGACUACAGGUGAAGAAAAUAGAUAUUUAACUCAAUCAAGUGAUGAAGUUCCAUAUUUUUAUCCUAAAAACAAAAUACCAGUUGGUAUUACAAAUGAAAAUGGUGAUAAACAAAUCCCAAGUUUAUUCAAUCCAUUAACUAUUAAGAAUUUCACCAUAAACAAUAGAAUUGGUGUUUCACCAAUGUGUACCUAUUCCACAGCUCAUGAUGGUCCAGAUAAGGGGAAAAGUACUCCAUUCCAUUUAGUUCAUUAUGGUUCAUUUGCAAUUCAAGGUACUGGUUUAAUUAUCGUUGAAGCAAGUGCAGUUGAACCAAAUGGUAGAUUAUCACCAGAAGAUUUAGGAAUUUGGUCUGAUGAACAUGCUUUAGCUUUAAAACCUGUUGUCGAGUUUGCUCAUGCUCAAGGUGUUAAGAUUGGUAUUCAAAUUGGUCACGGUGGUAGAAAAGCUUCAGGUACUGCAAUGUAUAAUGCUUUACAAAAAGGUGUUGGUAAAGCAGAAUUUGGUUGGAGUGAUGUUCCAGGUGCUAUUGUCGGUCCAAGUCCAAUUUCUUAUGAUGAAGAAUCUUAUGUAACACCAACUGAAUUAUCUGUUGAACAAAUUCAAGAUCUUGUUCAAAAAUUUGGUGAUGCUGCUAAAAGAGCUAGAGAAAUUUCUGGUUUUGAUUUUGUUGAAAUUCAUGGUGCUCAUGGUUAUUUGUUAAGUUCAUUCUUAUCUGGAACCUCAAAUAAGAGAACUGAUCAAUAUGGUGGUUCAUUUGAAAAUAGAAUCAGAUUCUUAUUAGAAGUUAUUGAUGCUUCUAAAGAUGCUAAUUCACCAUUAUUUGUUCGUGUUUCAGGAUCAGAAUUAGCUCCACAGCUUGAAGGUUCAUGGACCGUUGAAGAUACUGUUAAAUUAUCAGACUACUUGAUUGAACAUGGAGUUGAUGUGUUAGAUGUCUCAUCAGGUGGUAACAGUUCUCAAGCUGAAAGAAGAAAAACAGGGCAAGGUUUCCAAGUUCCAUUAGCAAAAGCUGUUAAAGAUCAUGUUGGUGAUAAACUUUUAGUUGCUACUGUUGGUAAAAUCACUGAAGCUAACUUUGCUAAUGACGUUAUUAAAAAUGGUGAAGCUGAUAUAGUAUUAGCUGGUAAAGCUUUCUUACGAAACCCUGCUCUUGUUUGGCAAUGGGCAGAUGAUUUAGAUGUUAGAAUUAAACAUACUAAUCAAUAUGAAUGGCCAUAUUAUUACCCACCAUUUAGAUAA